AUGACGGUAUCAAGCGACUUUUCCCGACGUGUGUCGUCGCACGCGAGCAACCUAGCUCUGGAGGAUAGGUUCGAAGUGCUCAAGGAGAUCGGCGAUGGAAGCUUUGGAAGAGUCGUUCUUGCUAGAGUACGGACGGCAGGCGCAAAUGUUGCUCGUCGCGGCACGGUGGUUGCCAUCAAAUCCAUGAAGAAGACAUUCGAAUCAUUCCAGUCAUGUCUCGAGCUUCGCGAAGUCGUCUUCCUUCGGACCUUGCCUGCGCAUCCUCACCUUGUCCCAGCCCUGGACAUCUUUUUGGACCCCUACACAAAGAAGCUUCACAUCGCUAUGGAAUACAUGGAGGGGAACCUGUAUCAGCUUAUGAAGUCGCGCGACCACAAAUGCCUCGACAACUCCAGUGUUAAAAGUAUCCUCUUUCAGAUCAUGCAGGGCCUAGAGCAUAUCCAUUCGCAUCAUUUCUUCCACCGCGACAUUAAGCCAGAAAACAUCCUCGUUUCAACAUCAUCACACAACGAACCAUCGACCGCUUUCCGACGCUACUCAUCACUUGUCACUCCUCCAUCAACACCGCCUACUUACACCGUGAAGCUCGCUGAUUUCGGCUUGGCGAGAGAGACACACUCCAAACUGCCCUAUACCACAUAUGUAUCGACAAGAUGGUACCGAGCUCCGGAAGUCCUUUUGCGUGCUGGAGAGUAUUCUGCCCCAGUUGAUAUUUGGGCCGUAGGAGCCAUGGCGGUCGAGGUCGCUACGCUCAAGCCGCUCUUCCCUGGUGGAAAUGAAAUGGACCAAGUUUGGAGGGUUUGCGAGAUCAUGGGUAGCCCUGGAAAUUGGUACAGCAAAUCUGGAUCACGAGUCGGCGGAGGUGACUGGCGCGAGGGUACAAGGUUGGCUGGGAAGCUGGGCUUCUCAUUCCCCAAGAUGGCACCUCACGCCAUGGAGACGAUCCUCCAAGCUCCUCAGUGGCCACCUGCCCUCAGCCACUUCGUGACAUGGUGCCUGAUGUGGGACCCCAAGAACCGACCGACAUCAACACAAGCCAUCGCCCAUGAAUACUUUGCCGAUGCUGUUGAUCCCCUCCGACCUAAGUCGUCUACCUCGACUAAGAUCCUGGGUCGCAAACAAUCAGACCUUGCUCGAACGACAACCCCUACCCCUUCCAUCUCAUCCAAACCCUCAUGGUUCCGCAAAUCUCUUAUUGGGCGUAGCGAAACGCCUGAGCCACUGGCGAGUCACACUAUUCAGUCGAAUGACAUGCCCAACGCACGACCUGUACCUAUCCAGCUUUCCACUCACAGCGAAGUUCCUUCUGCCGUUCAUCGCACAGGAGCCGGCAAGCGCAGCACCUGGACCAAUGGGACUACUUCUAACAACAUGGCCCCUAUGCCAAUUCUGCCUUCUAUUCGACCAAUCUCUCCACUGUCCGAUGCAGUCAAUGCACGGGCAAGCAAGCAUAUCGAUGGGAAAUCCAAGAUUGGCCGCCAAAUGUCUGUGGCUUCCGGCACAAAUCACUACACAGAGAUGCAUCGCCAGGAGGCCGAGCGCGCAUUGAAUGGAAAGACCGGUCUUGUCUCGCCUCCAAGCGGCCAGAAGGAGGGCUUCUUCUCUCACCUUCGCAAGCGAGCAAGGCGCUUGUCUGGACGACAUCAGACGCCUGCUUCCCCCACAUAUGAGGAUGCAGAGGCGGUCGCCGGAUGUGUUCCCUGGACAGGCAGCAACAGGUCCUCGAUGAUCGUGGAUCAACAGGGGAUGGUGGCCAAGUCAGACAUGUACGAUUCUCUGGAUAGAACUCUACGCGACGUUCAGAAUCCUGAACCCAAGGCACCAGCUCCUCCUGCACAUCAAGCAGGCACGAGCAGCAGUCUCAAGCGCCAUCACUCAUUGCCUCAGCAGCACCACCGAUCUGUCGAUAACCUGAUCGGUGUGGCCCGCGGCGGGCCAAUCUCGAGCCGAACUCGACGAGCUCAGGCUGCGCAGGGAAUGAACCAGUAUGAGACCCCGGCAGAGGAAGAUGAGCUUCUUGAUGAAGUUCUUACCUCAACGCACAAGGCGAUGAAGCGAAUGGAUAGGGAUAGCAAGACCCUCCGGCAAUCUGCCAGCAACCUGGGAUUGGCAAACCCCUACCCAACGCCAUCUCCUUCUGCCAAUGGCAACCAGGUUCUCUUUGGUGACGGAAACGAAGCUUUGAGACCAAAGCCUCUUGAUCUCAACAAGAGGCAGCAGGGGCAUUCCAAGUGGCCUACCCCUCCGUAUGAAGAGUCCGAGUGGGCAGCAUCAGCCUCAGCCAGCAUCUGGGCUGCUGGAAACAAGAUCUAG